AAUUGUGCUCCGAGCCGCCGCCAGCGCCAGCCGCAGCAGCUCCGGCUCCUCCUGCGCCCGCCCGCCCGCCCGCCCUCCAUCCCUCCCUCCCUCCCUCCCGCACGGCAGCCGCGCUCGCCCAGCGGACGGGGUGUAAGGCAGCGACGUCGGCAGGAGCAUGGCCCGUACCAAGCAGACCGCCCGCAAGUCCACCGGCGGCAAGGCGCCCCGCAAGCAGCUCGCCACCAAAGCCGCCCGCAAGAGCGCGCCCUCCACUGGCGGGGUGAAGAAGCCGCACCGCUACAGACCGGGUACUGUGGCUCUGCGUGAAAUCAGGCGCUAUCAAAAGUCCACCGAACUUUUGAUCCGCAAGCUCCCCUUCCAGCGUCUGGUGCGUGAAAUUGCUCAGGACUUCAAGACAGAUCUGCGCUUCCAGAGCGCUGCCAUCGGUGCUUUGCAGGAGGCAAGUGAAGCCUACUUGGUUGGCCUGUUUGAAGACACCAACCUGUGCGCUAUCCAUGCCAAACGUGUCACAAUCAUGCCAAAAGAUAUCCAGCUAGCACGCCGCAUACGUGGGGAGCGUGCCUAAAACCUCACCACGAUGGGUUUGUCAUUCUCGAAGCAAAAUCUUCUUCCUGUUAUUGGUAGUAAUGAACGUUAGAUAUUUUUUCCAUGGGGUUAAAAGGUACCUUAAGUAUAUGGUUGCAAGUGGAAAAAUAGGGGACAGAAUUGGGUAUUGGCAAGUUUUCUUUCCAUUUUCAUUUGUGUGUGGAUUUUUAAUAUAAACGAGGGGACAUAAAAACAAUCAAUGUGGUCAAAAAAAUAAAACCAUGAAUUGUUGAAACUUGUUCACCAAAACAACUUUAUUAAAAAAAAUAAAUAAAUAAACCUGUCAAAUUUUUCUGGACAAUGCCAGCAUUUGGAUUUUUUUUAAACAAGUAAAUUUCUUAUCAAUGGCAACUAAAUGGUGUUUGUAGCAUUUUUAUCAUACAGUAGAUUCCAUCCAUUCACUAUACUUUUCUAACUGAGUUGUCCUACAUGCAAGUACAUGUUUUUAAUGUUGUCUGUCUUCUGUGCUGUUCCUGUAAGUUUGCUAUUAAAAUACAUUAAAUGA